AUGGUGAGAGGUUUACUACGCAGUUUGGUAGUAAAAGUUUCUCCUGAAGCCGCUUGGAAAUAUCUGGUAUAUGGUGUCCAGUAUUCUUCCGGGAGGAUUUUGGUAUCUAGCGGGGAUGCAGCUGCGCCAGUAUCAAUUAAGGCAAUGACUUGGAUGGAUUUGGUGAUUUACGGAAGGUGGAGCUGGACUGGAAAAUGUGGGGGAUGGAAUGUUGGGGAGUGGAUUCUCAAAGAAUCAGCAAGAGGAAAAAAGGAGAGAAUAUCUCCGGGGGCCGAGUCCGAAUCAGAAGAGGUGGGUUCCAAGAUUGUAGAGACGCAUGUGAACAUGGAUUUCCAAGGAUGCGGGGAGAAUAUAAGGAGUGCUCUCAACAAGCUUGAAGGAGUGCAGGAUGUAGACAUAAACUUGGACAUGCAGAAAGUGACCGUGGCAGGUUUUGUGGACGAGCGCAAAGUCCUCCUGGCGGAGAAGGACACCGGCAAAUCAGCUCAAACCUGGCAGCACCAAACCACCCAUCUUUACUGCAACAGUUUCGACCAUUACCAGUAUGAUCAGAUGAGCCAUGGCCGUUCACCACCGCCGAACUCGCACUAUGCACAACCCACUUACAUGACCCGCCACUACAAGCACGGCGAGUUAAUGGGGAAAGCUAGUUACGACGUGUAUAUGUAUAGUGAUGAUACAGGCAGUUCUUGCUCGAUCAUGUGA